AUGCCACGGUCAAGGAACACUGGGGACCCAGGUUCCCUAUGCGAAGAUGGGAUCCCCAAUGUUAGGCCCAGGAGAUGCAACCCGCGAGCCCGGAACACCAGCAGGAUGGCGAUGGACCCCUCACCCAGCAGGAAUGACAGCUUCCCGUUGCCCGCCCGCAUCAAUGCCCCGGCCAUCAGCCUGACUCAGUUCCUGCUGGGAUAUCUGUCCUGGAUCGCCUGCCUGGCCUACUUCCUGAGGACCCAGGCCCAGCAGGUCCUCUUCAACGCCUGCCGGUGCAGGCUGUUCUUCCAGAAGCUCAUGGAGAAGACGGGCGUGCUGGUCCUCUGCGUUUUCGGAUUCUGGAUGUUUUCUAUGCAUUUACCAUCAAAAAUGGAAGUCUGGCAGGAUGACAGCAUAAAUAGUCCAUUGCAGAGUUUGAGGAUGUACCAGGAGAAGGUGCGACAUCACACUGGGGAAAUCCAGGACCUCCGAGGCAGCAUGAACCAGCUCAUUGCCAGACUCCAAGAAAUGGAGGCCAUGUCAGAUGAGCAAAGAAUGACCCAGAAAAUAAUGAAGAUGAUACAAGGCGAUUACAUUGAAAAGCCGGACUUUGCCCUUAAGUCUAUAGGGGCCAGCAUAGACUUCGAGCACACCUCAGCCACCUACAACUACGAAAAGGCUCGCUCCUGCUGGAACUGGAUCCGGCUGUGGAACUACGCGCAGCCCCCAGACGUGAUUCUCGAGCCCAACAUGACACCUGGCAACUGCUGGGCCUUCACAGGUGACCGCGGCCAGGUGACCAUCCGGCUGGCCCAGAAGGUCUACCUGUUCAACAUCACCCUGCAGCACAUCCCCAAAUCCAUCUCGCUGUCCGGCAGCGUGGACACGGCCCCCAAGGACUUCGUCAUCUACGGCAUGGAGAGCUCCCCCAGGGAGGAGGUGUUCCUGGGAGCCUUCCAGUUCCAGCCAGAAAACACCAUCCAGAUGUUCCACCUCCAGAACCAUCCACCUCGAGCUUUUGGUGCUGUCAAGGUGAAGAUCUCAAGCAACUGGGGGAACCCUCGCUUCACCUGCCUGUACCGAGUGCGCGUGCAUGGCUCUGUGACCCUGCCCAAAGAGACUCCUAACUAG